AUGCGCCUGUUCAACGGUCUCGCCUCUCUGCUCGCGGGCGCGGGCUUCGCUCAGGCCACGCUCCAAAUCAUCCCCGGCGGAACUUGGUCAGCGAAUAACACGGGCCGUCACAUCCAAGCCCACGGCGCGGGCGUGACAAAAGUCGGCUCGACCUACUACCUCAUCGGCGAGGACAAAACCGAGGGUUCGGCCUUCCAGAACGUCAACUGCUACUCAUCGACCAACCUCGUCGAGUGGACGUACGUCGGCGCGCUGCUCUCCCGCACGGCAGCGGCGGGCGACCUGGGACCCAGCCGGGUCGUGGAGCGGCCGAAGGUGAUUUACAACAGCGCCACGAAAAAGUAUGUCAUGUACAUGCACAUUGACAGCAGCAAUUACGGCGAGGCGAAAGUGGGCGUCGCGACGAGCGAUACCGUGUGCGGCAAGUACACGUAUAUUAGUAGUUGGCGGCCUUUGGGGUUCGAGAGCCGGGACAUGGGCUUAUUUCAGGAUGAUGAUGGGUCUGCGUACCUCUUGACUGAGGAUCGACCCAAUGGUCUUCGUAUUGAUGCCCUGAGUUCGGAUUACCUCAACGUUACGCGCAACGUCUAUCUCUGGUCCGAACACAUCGAGGCUCCCGCCAUCUUGAAGAAGAACGGAUACUACUUCAUGUUCGGGAGCAAGCUCACUGGCUGGGACCCGAACGACAACGUCUAUUCUUACGCAACCUCCCUCGCCGGACCAUGGUCCGCCUGGCAAACCUUUGCCACCGUUGGCUCAAAGACGUACGACAGCCAAACCAACUUCAUCCUGCCCCUCGGCGACACGGCAAUCUACAUGGGCGACCGCUGGGUCAGCACGAACCUCAUGCGGAGCACCUACGUCUGGCUUCCCCUCGCCAUCUCAGGCACCACAAUCACCAUGGCAGACCACGUCAAUUGGGUCCCCAAUGUCGCCGCGGGCACCUGGGCUGCGGGACCCAGCGAGACAUCGUACGAGGGGGAGAACGCGACGCUCGCGAACGGCGCAAAGAGCAUCCCCUGCACGGGGUGCAGCGGGUCCGCGGCCGCCGGGUACAUCGGCGGCUCGGCCGGCGGGAGCGUGACGUUCUCCGGUGUCAGCGUGCAGGCUUCCGGGAAGACGACUGUGCGGGUGAAGCAAGUGAAUGGCGAUACGAGCCAACGGUGGGGCACGGUGACGUGCAACGGCGUCUCGCAGAUCGUUGGCUUCUUGCCGACUGCUGAUGGGAACACCCCGGGCAGCAGCUCUGUGUUCUGUAGCCUCACUGCUGGAUCUGGGAAUACCAUCAAGAUUGCGAGCUCGGAUUCAUCGUGGGUUGCUGACAUUGACCGCAUCUUUGUGCCAGUCAACUAG